UCUCUUUCCAAAACCAAAAGCUCUCCGAUCAGUUUCUCCGGCUGAGGAAAAUAGUUGAAGAGAGGUGAUGAGAGGAACUACUGAAAAUACGGAUCUGUUCGAUCCCAAAACCCAAAUGGAUCCUGAUUUCACUCGUCAUGGUUCUUCUUCCGACGGCGAUUUUGGAUUCGCUUUUAACGACAGUAACUUCUCUGAUCGCUUGCUUCGGAUCGAGAUCAUGGGUGGACCUUCUGAUUCUAGGUCCGAGGUUGAAGGGUGUACGAGUAUUGCUGAUUGGGCUCGUCAUCGGAAAAGAAGAAGAGAAGAUAUCAAAAAGGAAUCUGGUGGUGUCACGAUUUCGGACAUUGUGGCAUGUCCUGAGGAGCAGAUUUUAACUGAUGAACAACCUGACAUGGAUGGAUGUCCUGGUGGUGAAAAUCUUGAUGAUGAAGGAGGAGAGGCAAUGGUUGAAGAAGCUUUAUCUGGUGAUGAAGAGGAAACAUCUAGUGAGCCAAACUGGGGAAUGGAUUGUUCUACAGUUGUUAGGGUUAAAGAACUUCAUAUUAGUUCUCCUAUUUUAGCUGCCAAAAGCCCUUUCUUUUACAAGUUGUUCUCCAAUGGAAUGAGGGAAUCUGAGCAAAGGCAUGUCACUCUUAGAAUUAAUGCAUCAGAGGAAGCUGCUUUGAUGGAGCUUUUAAACUUUAUGUAUAGCAAUGCGGUCUCUGUCACCACAGCACCUGCCUUAUUAGAUGUCCUGAUGGCUGCUGAUAAGUUUGAAGUUGCCUCUUGCAUGAGGUACUGUAGUAGACUUCUCCGUAAUAUGCCUAUGACUCCAGAGUCUGCGCUGCUCUAUCUCGAGCUUCCCUCUAGUGUUCUAAUGGCCAAAGCUGUUCAGCCUUUAACUGAUGCUGCAAAACAGUUCCUUGCUGCCCGCUACAAGGAUAUUACCAAGUUUCAUGAGGAGGUUAUGGCUCUACCUUUGGCUGGAAUUGAGGCAAUUCUAUCAAGCGAUGAUCUCCAAAUUGCAUCAGAGGAUGCAGUUUAUGAUUUUAUCUUGAAGUGGGCAAGGGCACAAUACCCUUGUUUGGAAGAGCGGAGAGAGAUUCUCGGGUCACGUCUUGCACUCUCCAUCCGCUUCCCUUUCAUGACAUGCCGAAAGCUGAAGAAAGUACUGACUUGCAGUGACUUUGAGCAUGAAAUAGCAUCCAAGCUUGUUCUAGAAGCUCUUUUCUUCAAAGCAGAAGCCCCGCACAGACAACGUAGCCUAGCCUCCGAAGAAUCUGCAUCCCUGAACCGCCGCCUGAUAGAGAGGGCUUACAAAUACAGACCCGUCAAAGUCGUCGAGUUUGAGCUUCCAAGACCGCAGUGCGUAGUCUACCUAGACCUGAAAAGAGAAGAAUGUGGGGGAUUGUUCCCGUCGGGUAGAGUGUAUUCGCAGGCCUUUCACUUGGGAGGUCAAGGGUUUUUCCUGUCAGCUCACUGCAACAUGGACCAGCAGAGCUCGUUCCACUGUUUCGGGCUGUUCCUAGGGAUGCAGGAGAAAGGGUCGGUGAGUUUCGGAGUGGACUAUGAAUUCUCGGCGAGGUCAAAGCCAGCGGAGGAUUUCAUAAGCAAAUACAAAGGGAACUACACAUUCACAGGAGGGAAAGCAGUAGGUUACAGAAACCUGUUUGGGGUACCAUGGACGUCUUUUAUAGCAGAGGAUAGUCAAUACUUCAUCAAUGGCAUUCUCCAUCUCAGAGCAGAGCUUACCAUCAAAAGGCUUGAAGAAGAUUAAUAAAGCUGAUAAAAGUAAGGUUAAAAACGUUUCCGCGACAACGUUAUAAGAAGAAUGUAAAUGCGUUCUUUUUUUCUAUGUACGCUUACUCUCUUGGCUUUAUAAUUAAACUCUUCAAUGAAAUUCUUAGCAUAGA